AUGUACCGUCAAUUAGAUGAUGUGAUGGAGCUCUGCUCUAAGCUAUCGAAGACAGAGCAGAUUAAAGUGACUGUCGAUAACUCAAGACAAGGAGUUGCUGUUGCUGGUGGAGGGGCUUUUUUAGGGGCGAUACUCGGAGGUCCACCUGGUAUAUUCAUUGGUGCUGUUGUGGGAGGUGCCGUGGGAUGGUGGAUGGCUAGAGGCAAAUUCCGUCCUCUUCAUCAGAUCAUAAUGGAGAUGUCUCCUGAGCAGCAGAGGAAACUGUGCUCUGAGGUCAUGGAAGAACUGGGCAAUCUAGCAUGGGAUAACGUGGCUGGACUCAUUUUGUCAGUGAUGCGUGAAUCCUCUCUAAAAAUGAAAAUACUUAGUAUUAUAAUCUCUUUUGCCACAAAACAGCUCAAAGUCAAAAUAGCAUCUUAAUUUCACCUGCUUAGUCUAAACCAAGUUUGACUAUCUGAGGAGCUUUUUAGUUUAGGUUUUGUUAUUGUUUCUGAAAGAUGUGUUUUACUUUAAUUUUUCUGAAUUUUAAACAUGUUUAGCAGCCCUUCAGUGUCAAACAAAGGAGGCAGAGAAUUUUGACGGGUGCCUUCGAUUUAUUUACUCCGAUGCAAUAAACUUCAUUGCUGAAGUAUUCGUUGUCUCAUUUUUUUGUUGCAUCACAACACUGUGUUCACCCAGUGAUU